AUGGCAAGUGGAGACAAUAGGACUGUACCUACUCAAAUUUCUGGGAUUCAGAUGCCUCCAUCUACUAGUCAUGCAAAUAAGCUUAAGAAGUUUAACGGAGUAAACUUCAAGAGGUGGCAGCAGAAGAUACUAUUUUACCUGACCAUUUUGGGACUUGCGAAGUACCUGACUGAAGAUGCGCUACUCAGUGAGAAAGAGAGUGAUAGGGAGACACUCAUGGCGGUGGAUGCAUGGAAUAAUUCUGAUCACUUAUGUCGAAAUUAUGUCCUGAAUGGCCUUUCUGAUGCCCUGUAUAGAAUAUACUGUGGCACGAAGUCAGCUAAGGAGCUAUGGGAAAUACUGGACCGCAAGUACAAUACUGAGAAUGCUACGUCCGGAAAAUUUAUUACAGGCCGAUUCUUGGAAUACAUGAUGCUAGCUCCAAGUUGGAGUGACUUCAGGAAUUAUCUAAAGCACAAAAGAAAGAAGAUGGAUAUGGAGACUCUUAUUGGCAAGCUUCGCAUUGAAGAUGACAACAGAAAGUUUGAUAAGAGAGCUUCAAAGGCUGGAUUGAAGGCUAAUGUUGUAGAGCAUGGUCAAAGCUCCAAUAACAAGAAGAAAACUAGCAAAUCUUCCAAGUUUGGGCCUAAAGGAGGAAUCUCAAAGAAAGUCAAGUUUCAAAGCAGGUGCUUUAACUGUGAUAAGAUGGGUCACAGAGCUAAGAAAUGUAGACUGCCAAAGAGAAAAAGAAACUAG